CUUAUGCCAAGAUGUAUUUGAACUAGCUGGAGAAUCCAAUCUAUCUGUGUAGAUCUAGUGUAGUAUUUUUCAUUUUUCUCCUUAUAUCUUCUUUUACUCCAAGCUUGGGUCGCCAUAUGAUCAUAAACAGCAUUACAAUUGGAUUGGUAAAACUUAUUUGCGACUGGGGAGCAUGGUUGAGAAUGACGGACUCAACAAAUUGGAGCGCAUUCCAACUCUGGAGGGCCGAUCUGACAAUGUUAAAAUCACUAGCAUCUUCGAAUAUACGUCUGUCUUGGAACAACACCAUUCUUUAGGUAACACCAUUGUAUUCGAGUAAUAUGUUUUCUCCAUCAUGUCCACGGCACCUGUGUCACCACAAACGUUUCUCCCAUGGUGGGACCCACCGUUGAUGAAGGAUCCAUGGUUUCGAUGUUCGUUAUAUCCAAGUCUUCCGAACAAUCCGGUCCAUCACAGGGUUCUGUUGGCGGAUCGAGAUUGGAAGAACAGUCGUAGAGUCCUGCUGCAUUGGCGAGACAUUCAUUCGAAUAGUUACAUCCACCACAGGUCACGGGCAAGAGGAUAAAGGGACAGACGGAUCCGGCUUGGGGUUGUGGGCAGGCUUCUUCUGGAACUGCUUCUUCCUCUUCUUCUGCUAAUAUACAAUCCUCCUCCACAUUCCACCCCGACAGACUGGCCAAACAGGUAUUGGAAUAGAGACACGUGGACGGCCCACACACGACGGGAACCCAUUCCAUGGUACAGAGACCGAGUCCGGGAGCGGGACAGUCAAUGUUGGUGCAACUGCUGGAAUCGAAUCCGACGUCUUUUCCUUGACAAAUGGUUUCAUAGUAGCAAAGGGCGGCUCCGCAUUCGACCGAGCCGCCUUGCAAACAAGAAGAACUCCGACUAAUGGCAAUGGGACAAAUUCGAUCACAGGAAGACCAUCCUGCCGCAUCGGAGAGACAGACAUUGUCGUACGGGCAACCCGCACAAUUGACCGGAUCAAAAGUGAUGUCUGAACAAUCAAUGGUACUGUCUGGAAGAGGACAGUCUUGCUGCAAACUUCGACGGAGAUGGCGGUGGUGAUUGUUGUAGGUUUCUUCUUCUCGAGCGAAGGAUCUUCCGUCCACCGCAAGGACGCAAACAACAACGACGAGGAACGAGAUUCUCAUCAUCGAAUACAUGUAAAGGAACCUUCAAAACGGAAUAUGUGAAGAGCUUGCUUCCUGUCUUGUUGGAUCGUGAAGGCACAUUCAACACAUCUUCUUUCGCCAUUAUUGUCUUUCUUCACUCACUUUUGUGUUGUCCGUUGCUCCUAUUCAUAAUUCCCACGAUCUUGGGAGUCCACGGUGUGGAGUCACAGUCGUGGAACCCGUAAAAGAUCCAAAAGAUUUCGCGAAGCCUCUUUUUGGCCGUUGGUCUUUUGCUCUCGACCCUGAAGUGUCAAAGAAAACAUCCGACACAAAUCGAAGAAAGAUCACCACUACUGGACCACCAUGAUGAUGUUAUCCAAGCAACCACUCCUUCUCAUUGCCAUCCUUGGCAUUAUCAUCACUGUUGCAGUAUCGGCAUCAUCAUCUUGGUACGACGACAAGGAGCAUGUGACCGUGUUGGAAAAUCUGCAACACUUUCAAGAGACGGUGGUGGCCAGUCCCAAUUUGUGGAUGAUUCAAUUUUGCAGUGCCAACGAUGAAAAUUGUCAAAAAAUGGUUCCCAACUACGAAGUCAUGGGCAACAUGUAUCGGAGCCUGAUCUACAUGGGUGUGGUCGAUUUGGAAUCUCCGGGAGGUCGAGAAAUUGUGGAACAGUAUCAAAUUUCCACCAACCGCCAACCCCUGUUUUAUUGGUUUUUGGAUGACAAGAGCAAACCCAGCAAGAUUGAUUCGCUGCAAGAUAUGGAAACCAUGGUAGGGCAUGUCAUGAGCACCAUGGCCACCACUAUCACGGAGCGAGCGCGUGCCUUGGGGAUUGCCAUGCAGAUGGGACCCGAUAAAGAUACUACCAAGAAACCAAAGGGCGGCAGCAAGAAGGAGAGUAAGGAGAAGAAGACUGUGACCAUCACGGGGGAAGCCGAGUGGGAAGAAAAAGUCAUGAACAAUCCACUCGUCACAAUGGUGGCAUUUGCAGCACCUUGGUGCGGACACUGCAAAAUGUUAAAACCCGAAUACGACGAGGCCGCCGCCAAAGUGGACGGAGAAGGAGCCCAAUUGGUCUGGGUCGAUGCCACGGAUGACGCCAAUAAAGAUUUAGCGAAUCAAUUCCAAGUACAGGGAUUCCCGACCGUGUUGGUCUUUCCCGGAGGAGCCCCCAAAUCCGUCGGUGCCGCACGACAAUAUCAAGGAGAACGCAAGGCACCGGAAAUGGUCAAGUACAUCUUGGCGGAAGUGGACAAGUCGGGUGUCCCCAAGGAAAUUCCCGAAUUGGUGAGUAGCCACGUCCUCCAGACCGAAUGCAAGGGCACCAAUCACAUUUGCGUAUUGGCCGCGCUGCCGCACAUUCUCGAUUCGGGAGCGGCCGGUCGGAACAAUUACCGAGAUUUGAUUGCCAAUGUGCAGAAAAAGUUUCGCGGUGGAGCCUACUCCUUUUUGUGGUUCCAAGGAGGGGAUCAACCCGAAUUGGAGACUUCUUUGGAAAUGACCUUUGGAUUCCCCGCCAUGGUGGCGUACAGCAUGGAUCGACAUGCGUUUGCGGUGAUGCGUGGCAGUUUUGGGGAAAAGAGCAUUUCCUCCUUUCUGCAUGGGGUCACGUCGGGACGAGUACCCGUCGCCAAGUUGGCCAAGGAAAAGGUGCCCAAGAUUGAAACGACAGAACCAUGGGAUGGACAGGAUGCGGCACCACCCGAAGAAGAAUUCAGUUUGGAUGAUAUCAUGGGAUCUAGUGAUGAUGACGAGGAAGCCAGUGGUGGUAGCAAGGAAGAGUUGUAACAAGACUGGAUUCAUGCUUUCAAUAUCUCGAGUUCAUCUUGCGAAUCGAAUCGAAUGAUUCAAUCAGCAUCAGAGGACCGAAUUGAUGGGGUUUCAAAUUGGCCACAAAACAUUAAAAAGUUCUCGGACAGCCUGUAGCUCUUGUCAAAACAUAAACAUAUGAAUGACCAACGCAAUUACACAAUGUUCCGCACUUGAUCUGUUGGAGAGCGAGUUUUAUUAAAGAGGCUUGGGAACCGUGAGCUAGACAGUGG